AUGCACGUCUACCCCGAGCGCCGGUUGUUUCAAGGGAUGGGGAGUGAGAUAUGGAAGCUGGUCUCGCACAGCGCCACACCACAACAAUGGAAAGAGUGGCUUCGGGUGCCGCUGGAGCAUGCAGCCGCCCGAGGCAAUCUGAACCUCGUCAACUCGCUUCUCGAGGCUGGUGCGGACGGAAGUGCGGGAUGGAAAGGUUGCCGCGGCCGUACUCUUAUCGACGCAGCCGCUCUCGGUGGAAGCGAGCCUGUUGUGUCUGCCUUGCUGAGAGCAGGAGCUCAGCCGGACGUGAACGUCGUGUCCGUGUCGAGCAAGAGGUCGUCUCUUUACACGGCGACGGUGUGCGGCCACAAAGACGCAGCCAGGCGUUUAAUUACUGCGGGAGCGGACGUGAACUUCGAAGACCCUACAGGAAGCAUACUCGGAUGCCUCGGCAAUGGAGGCGUGACGCCACAAAUUUACGCAUGCGGGUCUGGCCACCUGUCGGUCGUGAACACUCUUUUGACUGCAGGCGCCGAUGUCACCAUCCGCGAUGUUGACCGCCACUCGGCGCUCGACAACGCCGUUUGUAAUGGCCACAUUGACGUCAUUGGAGCCCUUCUCAGACAUGGGGCGGACGUGAACGCUUGUGACGAUGUUGGUUGUACUCCACUUCACCACGCUGCUGAAGAAGACCAGGUCGGUGCGAUUGACGCGCUGAUCCAGGCAGGGGCUAACAUUGAGUCCAGCGAGGGCGGUCUGUUGACACCCCUGUUCUUUGCAUCGGCUAACUGCAGUCUCAAAGCCGUGCACACUCUCUUGCGGCAUGGCACAUCCUUGACAGCGCAAGACACGGAAGGAACCACGCCGUUGCACCGAGCGUGCUACCGGCAGGAUAUAGGCGUGGAGGCGACCGUGGACCUCUUGCUGCAAUGGGGAGCGGACGAAACAGCCGUACACAACGAUGGCAAUACCCCCGCAGAUUGGCUCGUUGAGAACAACAAUGAGAAUGGUACAACAUGUUCCACAGCCGAGAUCGGGCGGGUCCGGCUGUUGCUGGCUCGGGCUCCGGCGAACCGAGCGUGGCGUCGCCGUUGCUGGCUAGUGAUGCUGCGCUCUUGCGCAAAGACAGCGAGAGCUACCACCGACAAAACCGGUGAUGCAGAUGAAGGUUCAAACGAUGUUGGUGACAGGAAGGACGGAAAAUGCAAGGGGGCGAGAAGGGAAAAUGGGGAGAGCGCCGGCGGUGGCGUACGCUCUCGGAUGAACGGUGCGGGCGAAGUGGGAGUGGAGGGUGGGGCAAGCGGCUUGGCCAGCAUUGUGGCCUCUGUGGUAGGGCUGGGGCCGGAGGAGGUGUUUCGCUCGAUUUUGAGCUUCCUGUGA